AUGGCUUCAACGCCUAUGAACUUGGACCAUCGCGAGUCGACUCCAGCUAACGGAAAUUCGCUCAACAUUACGCGGUCUCUGACAACCAACAAUACUACCCCUUUGAGCGAACUUUUCAAAAGGCAAGACAUCAAGGAUGGCCGUCCGCAACCUCACGUGCUGUCACUCGACUUCGACGACCCAGGCGAACUUCUCAUGACCUCUGAGAGCGACGAGACGAUUCAGAUUUACAGCGUAAAGGAAGGCAUACACAAGAAGAAUUUGCUAAGCAAGAAGUACGGCGUCAAGCUGGCAAAGUUCACGCAUACGAGCUCCAGCAUCAUCUACGCGAGUACGAAGCAGAAUGAUCAGAUUCGAUAUUUGGCUACCCACGAUAAUUCCUUCAUCCGAUACUUCGAGGGCCACGAGAAGAGCGUCACAGAUAUUGCCAUACACCCAGGCGCUGAUAACUUCAUCUCUUGUAGCCAAGACAAUACUGUGCGCCUUUGGAAUAUUUCGACGAAGCAAUGGUGCGGUCAACUGAACCUCAACUCUCCGUAUCUCACCGCAUACGAUCCGUCGGGGCAGACUUUUGCUGUCGCGUGUACGAAUAGCGGAAGCGUUCUGCUAUAUGACUGCCGCAACUACGACAAGGCGCCAUUUGCGACCUUCGAUGUCGUUGAUGCCGGCAGACACGUGGACUCACAGUUCGUAGUCAGGGGUUGGACAAAGCUGGAAUUUUCGAACGACGGCAAGCAUAUACUCGUCGGCACUCGCGGCCCCGGCCACUUCAUACUCGAUGCUUUCGACGGGAGCUUGAAGGCGUACCUGCGUAAGCCCGAGGGCGGAACCCGGCGGCUGGCGGCUGGUGAGACAUCAAGCACCAUCAACGGCAGUAUGCCGAAGACGGACCAGCCCACAAUCGAGAGCAGCGGUGAUUGCUGCUUCUCUGUGGACGGUCGUUACGUUCUGAGCGGUGGUCCAAAGGAUGUCCUGGUCUGGGAUAUCUUGACACCGCCCCAGAACGAGAACAAGACCCUCGACGCUACAUGGGUAUUGGAGGAAAAGCGAGAGGCAGCGGUGUUAGCAUUCAACCCGCGGUACAACUUCUUUGCGACGGCAGAUCAAGAUGUGAUGUUCUGGGUGCCCGAUCCUCAUGCAUGA